AUGGCGGACGAGCAGGAGCUACUUCGUGCGGCGCAGGAGCUCUCCCAGUUUGCGGGACACCUCAAGCCAACUCCCCCUCUCUUCGGGAGCAGAGCCCCUGCAGUUCCGGAAUCUCCCCUUCAGUCGACGGCAGCGUCUCAAGCCGAAGAGCCGGCGACUACGGACAUGGACACCACGGCGAGGGACAAGAGGGCGGAAGCGGACGCGCAGGAUCUCGAAAAGGAGGAGCCACCCUCCAAAUGGCAAAAAGCAAUGGGCAAAGGAGAGGGCAGCAAGGAACAAGCCCUGGAGCCUCCGGCAACGGACCGCCCUCGUCGAAGUCCUCAGCGAGGCCAGGCAAGUCAGCCAAACAAUCCCAAGCCUUACAACAGGCGGGACUGGGGUCAUACUUCCCGGUACGGAGACCACCCAUGGUGGAUGCAGGACAGCGAGCUCGACAACAAGAAGGAGAAAGAGCUCCGAGAGCUCAUGAAGGAGCUCGUGAGGCUUGUGCUCCGCCAAGCGGACACGAUAGCCUACCUGCAGAUGGACUUGGGCUUCAUGGUCUUCCUGAAGACAACCAUGCAGCCCCAAAUGCCGGAAGGCGAAGCGGACACGGCCUCCACAGGGCAAUGGGCCAUAGUCCAGAAUCUGUUUCAGGCGGCCGAAGCGUGGCACGACAAGAAGCAGAACGAUCCGGGCAGCCUGAAUGCGACUCACAAGAGAAGCGGCAGAGAGGCGUCCCAGCUCCAAAGCGCUGACAACCGCCCUCCGCCCUACCAGUAUAGUCGCUCCGUCACCACGCUUCCUGCGUUUGCACCUGUGCUGUGA